AUGCGUUAUACAGAAGUUGUUACUGAAAAACAUAGGAGGCCGUCCUUAAACAACCUUGUUUCCACGGUAGAUAUUACACCUGUUGAGAAUUUAUCGUUUCAACUUCCAAAUCCUUCUCCCAUUUACAACCAAAGAAGGGCAUCUCACGGAGGUUUAAAUACAGUCACCGAUGUUCCAAUAUAUACUUCAGUGUUGAAAGAGUUUCAAGUUAAAACAUCGUUAAUUAAUCAGAACCUUGGGAAGAUCUUAGAAAUUCGAAACUCAAAAAUCAGUUUACUUUGUGCAUCAUGGUAUAUUAUAUCUUCCAUAUGUAGCAAUAUAUCCAAGGCCAUUUUAAAAAGAUUCCCACACGCAGUUGUACUAACUAUAAUGCAAUUUGCUUUAGUUUCAUCAAUAAGUUUAUCAUUUGUUAUAUUGGCAAAUUAUUUCCAUUCACCAACAUAUAAAAAUUCACAAAUCAAUAAAGCUUUAAAGUCAUUCCCUGAUGGUGUUUUACCGAAUUAUUUGGAUGGUAGCUUUAGAGAUUCAAUAUGGGACUCAUUUCUAAAACCAACCAAACUAGCAUUAGCUACAACAUUCCCAAUGGGCAUUUUUCAAUUCCUUGGUCAUAUUACCUCCCAUAAGUCAACAUCCCUCAUUCCUGUCUCGUUAGUUCAUUCCAUCAAAGCAUUAUCGCCCAUUAUCACCGUUGUUUAUUAUAGAUUUGUGCAUAAAAAACAAUACAAUACAAUGGUGUAUUGUACAUUAUUAUUAUUAAUCUGUGGUGUUAUGACUACAUGUUGGAAGGGUUCUUUACAAAAUAAAAGUGAAAAUAACGAGUCCAGUUUACAAAAUUUGAAAGGCCUCAUAUAUGCUUUUUUGUCGAUGUUAAUAUUUGUCUCUCAGAAUAUUUUUGCUAAAGGUAUUUUAACAGUUAAAAAAUCCCCUGGAAUACUUUCUUCCUCUUCUUCUUCCUCCUCAAUCAGCUCAGUUUCUUCAACUGAUUUGAAGAGGAUAUCAUUUUCUCCCAACCAGUUAGAUAAACUAACAAUUCUAUUCUAUUGUUCUAUCAUGGGAACUAUGUUGACCAUGCCGGCGUUUAUUACCUCUGAGUUAAUGAAAGAAAACAAUUUUUAUCUAGAUCUAAACAUUGAACUAUUUUUAUUAAUAUUACUACAUUGUGUAACUCAUUUCAUUCAGGCUUUAUUGGCCUUCCAAUUAAUUGGUAUGAUAAGUCCUGUGAACUAUUCUGUUGCGAACAUCAUGAAACGUAUUGUUAUAAUAUCUGUCGCUUUGAUUUGGGAAGCUCAAUUGAAUGUUAGACAAAUUUUUGGAUUGGGUUUAACUAUCGCAGGGUUAUUUGGAUAUGAUAGAUGGGGUGUCUGUAAGAAGAAUACUAGAAACUAG